GACAAUCAUUAACUAAUUUUUUAUUGACGAUUAAUCUUCUUGUUUGAAGCUAAGAUACAAUCAUUCAAACUUCACUCAUCCUUAAUUUUGCCUGCUGCAAUAAUAUGUCAGAAACUAUACACCAUGUCUCUGAUUUUGCUCAAUAUGCCGGUUUUCUUGUUAGUUAUACGGUAAUGGCAUUUGACGGAAACGUACCGAAGUUGGUUCGCAAAGCCGAAAGGAAAAAGAACAAACUCAUUUCAAAUCGAGAUCGUGUGCAACUAAAAGUACAUGAAACUGAUCGUAAAACUGAAAAGGUGAGCGAUGAUGUGUAUGUGUGGCUAAAAGAAGCAAACAUACUCAUACAAGAGAUGGAAGAUAUGAAAACAGAAACAGAAGUACCAUUACCAUCAUGGAAUGAAUUUAAAAUAUUACUGGAAAGAAUAAAGGCACUAAAUGCAAAAUGUAAAUUUGACCCAUUUUCAACUCCAAAUUUAGGUUUAGAUCGCUUCUCAGACGAAAAUAUUGUGUGUUUCAAGUCUACAGAGAAGGCUUCAGAUGAACUUUUAGAGGCAUUGCAAGAUGAUAAUUGUUAUAAAAUUGGAUUGCAUGGUAGGCAAGACUCGGGUAAAACAUCGUUGGUGAAUGCAAUAGGUAAGAAAGUCAAGCAUUUAAAUGUUUUUGAUGUGGUUAUAUUUGUCAAUGUGACCCAAAAUCCAAAUAUCAGGAUAAUUCAAGAUGAAAUUGCUGACUCGUUGAAUAUUAUAUUCAAUAAUAUUAUCACUGAUGCCGGGAGAGCAAUAAUAAUCUCCACCGCAAUAAAAAAUAUGGAUCGUCCAAUACUUGUGAUCUUUGAUGAUGUUCGGGCAAAAUUGGAUAUAGAAGGUGUAGGCAUUCCUUGUGAUAGUAAUCGAUGCAAGGUCAUUUUGACCACAUGUUGUCAAGAAGAAGAAUGUGACUUUGUAGACUGUCAAAAAGAGAUUCAACUUGAUCCCUUAUCUAUAUUGGAAGCUUGUACUUUGUUUGUAAAACAUUCAGAUAUUCAUGAGGAGGAGAAAUCCACUUCAUCAAAAUUAUUGAAUGUAGCACAUGAAGUUGUUCAUGAAUGUGAUGGGUUACCUGGAAAAAUUAUAAAGGUGGCAUCUUCCUUAAAAAAUAAACCAUUUGAGGAAUGGAAAGCAUCACUAGAUAAAUUGAGACAUUCAAUAGCCGAAUGGCAUAUUUUCCUCAGUUUUAGAGGCGAAGAUACUCGAGACUCUUUUACAGGUUUUCUCUAUUAUACUCUACAUAAGGAGGGGUUCAAGGUCUUCAUGGAUGAUGUGGGAUUGGAGCGUGGAGACAAAAUUUCAUCAUCUCUAAUCAAUGCAAUCCAGGCAUCAAGGAUUUCGAUUGUUGUUUUGUCUGAAAACUAUGCAUAUUCCACUUGGUGUCUAGAUGAACUUGUUAACAUACUUGAGUGUAAGAACAAGAUGAAAAGCCGAAUAAUUUGGCCAAUUUUUUACAAAGUAAAAGCAUCUGAUGUAAGGCAUCAAAAAAACAGUUACGAAAAAGCCAUGGCUAUUCAUGAAAAAAUGUUUGGAAAUGACUCUGAGAAGGUAAAGAAAUGGAGGUCAGCUUUAACUGAAGUUUCCAGCUUGAGUGGAUUAACCUACAAAACUGGGUAUGAAUAUAAAAUAAUCCAAACAAUUGUGGAAAUGGCCAAUGAUAAUAAAAAUCGGUCGUAUAUGGAAAGCAUAUAAAUAUGGACUAGAAAAGGAAAGCUUCAAAAUUUCUUCAACAAAGA